AUGCCCAGACGUGUGUGUAUGCUGACGCGUGCAGCCAGCAGGACGAAAACCCGUGUGCGGUCGGCACGUGCAUCAACGACAAUGCGGGCGGCUUCUUCUGUCUCUGUCCGCCGGGAUUCGACCAGGGCUACCGUCCCAACGGUGCUCACACAUGCGUCCCAUGUAAGUGUUCAAGCGGGCGGCUACUCUUGUCUUUUGGUCACCAUGUUCUCGCAUCCGCAUCGCCUCUCUCCAUCACCCAACACCUCCACACUAUUUUUCACUCCAAACCUUUCCCUUGCGUGCUCCCCCUGCACCCCUGCAGCCGUCCCCCCCUACAAAUACUCCGUCGUCUUCCCAAUCGACAUCGACUGCCCGCUUGUUUACCAGCUCUACGGCCUCACAGAGGAGGCGUUUCUCGCUCAGAACCCAGACCUGGGCGUGGAUCACUGUGUGACCAUCCCCGCCAACACGCAAGUGACGGUGGCGCCGCCCCUCAUGGGGGCAGUGCACUGUGUGCUCUACUACUCGUGGACGGCAAGUGACACGUGCCAGAGCGUGGCCGACAAUUUCUGGCUCACAUUGGACGAUCUCCUGACGCUCAACCCGGGAAUCAACUGCACUGAUAGCACCGCCUGGAACGCUCCAACUGUGAAUCAGCAGGUGAGGGAACGACCUGGUGACGCUCAACCCAGGGAUCAACUGCACGUGUCAAAGCAUCAUGGCACCCACUCCCAUCAAGCCCUUUCUUACUCCCUUUCCUCGUCUCCCCUUGUCCUACCUCUAUGCGCUCUCCUUACCCCCUCCCUGCAGUUGUGUGUGGCGAAGGGCAGCGGGGGAGGGGACGUGCCCAAGCUUCCCAUGUGCACGCUGUGGUACACAGUGCAGGCAGGGGACACGUGUGAGAGCAUCAUGACGGAUUUUGCUCUCAACAAAACCGCCUUCUUCUCACUCAACCCGGGCGUGGGCUGCGAUAGCCUCUUCGCAUCUGCUGGGGGCAGCAGCCUCGGCUGGAGUGGAGGUGGUGUGCAGGUGAGAGGUGGGGUACAAGGGUGGGAUGCGGUGAUCAUGGGUGAGGGAAUGGGGGUUGAGUCUCCAUGUCAAGUUCUCACUCAACCGGGGGGUGGGCUGCGAUAG